CAGGGCAUGUCCCUGCGAACACACAUACAUAACCUCACAACAUAGCGUUAACACACACACAUACAGAAUUGAACCUUAACAAUAUAACACUCAGGAAAAGGUAGCAAUGUGUGGAAGGACUGCUUGUACUCUGGCUCCUGACGAGGUGAGCCGAGCCUGCUCCUACAGAGACCGAGGUGGGCGGCGGAGACAGCCCCGUUGGAAGGAUGGAGAUGCAGACAAAUACCAGCCCUCUUACAACAAGAGUCCGCAGUCCAUGGGUCCCGUUCUACUAUCACAGAGACAUUUUGACAAGAAUGCUCCUGUGGAUGAGUGUGUAUUGACCACGAUGCGUUGGGGCUUGGUACCUGCCUGGUUCAAGGGGAAUGACCCAAGCGAGAUGCAUUACAGCACCAGCAACUGUCGCAGUGAGAACAUACUGGAGAAGAAAUCUUACAAGGACCCCCUGAUGAACGGACAGCGAUGUGUCAUCCUAGCUGACGGCUUUUACGAAUGGAGGAAGCAGGAGAAAGGCAAGCAGCCCUUCUUCAUCUACUUCCUACAAACUGCAGGGAAAAAAGAGGGUCAGGAUGACCCCACGACCUCAGCCCUCAAUAAUGAGAAUUCUGAGACGGCGUGCCCUCCAGAAGAGGCCUCCUGUGACCUGAUAGAGGAAGGGGAAGCCCAAGGUGAGUGGACUGGAUGGAGGUUGCUGACUUUGGCUGGAGUGUUUGACUGCUGGACACCUCCAGCUGGUGGAGAACCCCUUUACACCUAUAGUGUAAUCACUGUGAAUGCUUCCCCAAACCUGCAAAGCAUCCAUGACAGGAUGCCAGCAGUCUUGGAAGGAGAGGACGAAGUGAGAAGAUGGCUUGAUUUUGGAGAAGUGAAAUCUUUAGAUGCCAUAAAACUGCUUCAGUCAAAAAACAUUUUGACUUUUCACCCCGUGUCAUCGUUUGUCAGUAACUCGCGCAACAACUCUCCAGAGUGCCUUCAGCCAGUCGAUCUUAACAGUAAAAAGGAACCCAAGACCACAGCCAGCACUAAGAUGAUGAAGAGUUGGCUGACUACUGCCCCUUCAAAGAGGAAAGAGACCGACACGCGUGAGAGUCAGGAAGAGGGUAAAAGCAAAGCAAAGACCCGAAAGUCUGCAGGACCACUUCAGCAGUGGCUUCAGAGACCCAACAAGAAACCAAAAACCAAAUGAAGAGAUGAACUGGACUGAAAACUCUGCAGUGUUGAAAACACCAUUUAGAUCUGAUUUAUUCUACAUUAGUUUUUUUUAGAAAAAUGGUUUCUUCUAUUAAAAGCCAAAUGCUUUAAAUGUGACAACUGUGAUAUGGAUACUGCUUAAUAGUAAAAGAUUUAUACAAUAAAUGUCAGAA